GCGGCGCGGCGCGGCGAGCGAGAGCCCAAAAGCCCGCGCCCGCGGGGCGGUAACUCUGUGGCGCGUUCCGGGCUCUGGGAUUCGGCUGGGUGUGUACCGCUCUCUGGCAGGCGAGAGGCCGCGGGACUCCGCGCUGCGGCCGUAAGCCCCUCUCGGAGCUGAGCCGAGCGAGGCGGGCGGCGACCGGGCCGCGGCAUGGCCGCGAACUAUUCCAGUAUGAGUAACAGGAAAGAACAUGUCAGAACUACAACCAAGUCCCAGCCAGGCUUCCUGGAGCGGCUGAGCGAGACCUCGGGUGGAAUGUUUGUGGGGCUCAUGACCUUCCUGCUUUCCUUCUACUUAAUUUUUACCAAUGAGGGCCGCACAGUGAAGAUGGCGACCUUGCUGGCGGAGGGACUCUCGCUGGUGGUGACCCCCGACAGCAUCCACAGUGUGGCUCCGGAGAAUGAGGGGCGGCUGGUGCACAUCCGCGGGGCCCUGCGGACGUCCAAGCUCUUGUCUGAUCCAAACUACGGGGUCCACCUCCCAGCUGUGAAGCUGCGGCGGCACGUGGAGAUGUACCAAUGGGUGGAAACCGAGGAGUCCAGGGAGUACACCGAGGACGGGCAGGUGAAGACAGAGAGGAGGUACUCCUACAACACUGAAUGGAGGUCGGAAAUCGUCAACAGCAGAAACUUUGACCGAGAGAUUGGCCACAAAAACCCCAGUGCGAUGGCCGUGGAGUCAUUCACCGCAACAGCCCCCUUCGUCCAGAUCGGCAGGUUUUUCCUCUCGGCGGGCCUCAUCGGCAAAGUGGACAACUUUAAGCCACUGAGCCUGUCCAAGCUGGAGGACCCACACGUGGACAUCAUUCGCCGGGGGGACUAUUUCUACCACAGUGAAAACCCCAAGUACCCCGAGGUCGGAGACCUGCGCGUCUCAUUUUCCUACGCAGGGCUGAGCGGCGAUGACCCCGACCUGGGCCCAGCUCACGUGGUCACCGUGAUUGCCCAGCAGCGGGGUGACCACCUGGUCCCAUACUCCACCAAGUCCGGGGACACCUUGCUGCUCCUGCACCACGGGGACGUCUCAGCAGAGGAGGUGUUUCGUCGAGAACAGAAGAGCAACUCCAUGAAGACGUGGGGCCUGCGGGCGGCUGGCUGGGCAGCCAUGUUUGUGGGCCUCAACCUCAUGACGCGGAUCCUCUACACUCUGGUGGACUGGUUCCCCGUCUUCCGAGACCUGGUCAACAUUGGCCUGAAGGCCUUUGCCUUCUGCGUGGCCACCUCGCUGACCUUGCUGACCGUGGCCGCUGGCUGGCUCUUCUACCGGCCCCUGUGGGCGCUUGUCAUCAGCUGCCUCGCCCUGGUGCCCAUCAUCAUUGCUCGGACACGGGUACCGGCCAAAAAGCUGGAGUGAGCCGGGGCUCCGGCACCCACUGGACACUGCCUGUGCCUCGGGACCCAGGUCAUCCCCUCCCCCAAACCCACGUCGGUCUUGGAUUCCGCACGUGCCCCACUCAGGUGGCAGCCUUGGCAGUGCGCACGGGUGUCGGGUUGGCGUCCAUCAGUUAGCACUUCGCACCCCUUCUUGCCAGCGGGCAGCUUUGGUGGCAGGAGGCGGCUCCUGUCCGGCAGCGUGACACACGCCCUCCUGCUUGUUUCCUUUCCUUCUCUUGGGGCCGUGCGGCCACUCGCGUGUUUCAUUUAGCUGAUGUCUGCCGCGGUGGUGACACUCAGACCUGGGGACAGUGCCAGGCUCCACCACAGCCACCGCCAUGCCCACGUCCCAGGACAGGGCGGCAGGGGUGCCACAAACCCACUCUGCGCAUGGAGCUUGAUUCGGUACUUAAGAGAAUCAGGGGGUGUGGUGAUGAGGAAGGUGGACGUUUGUUGGGCUUUGCACGCACGUUACCAUUUGGCAGAAUCUUUGUGGCGUGUAGGACCUCCACAGGCCUGGUUGUUUCUUGCCACUUCAUUUCUCUGCACGUAGCUCCCCGACCUGCCCUAAGAGGGCGCGGUUUCAAGUCAGAUCUAGAAAACAAACACCUCCUGAAUGAUUUACGUCUCAGACUGUUACAGAAAACCCCCUUUCAUCUGUCAGUUGAAGGUAGUUCAGAGCACAGAAAGUUCAGUGGGGCUGUUACUUACCUGGCUGAGAAAGUUACCUGUCGGUAUUCUGGGUCCCUAAGAAGCUUUUCAAAGCUUCAGGUGCUUUGAAACCAGUGUUAGCAAAAGGCUCGUUUUCCCUCUGGGAGGAGAUUGGGGUCUCUAUCCGGGAGAGAAAGGCAUUUCCUUUCAUCCUCUGGCAUCAAAGCCCAGAUUUUCUUGAAGAUGAUUUUGAGUUUUUAGUCAAUUAUCCUAAGUGGGCUCCUUCGUGGUGACACCCCACCCACCAACCAAAAUCAGGCAUCAGAGGCUGCAGAUUUGAAAGCUCUCUGGCCUGGCUCUGUUCAUCACAGGUGUGCUUUUGACAUUAGCAUCUGGGCCUCAAGUGGCCGCUUCUGGGUGAUAUAUGUGUUCAGUGUCCACAGCUUUAUUCCUAAAUCAAAUCUACCCAUGCUUAUUUAAUUCACAGAGUUUAAGUUUCCCAACUACUCUCAACACCCUUUGAAAGAUAAAAGUAUGUUGUAACAUUGAUGUCUUAAAA